CAAAUUAAGUUCUUCAUUCUUUCCCUUUUCACCUUUCUCAUUGAUUAAAAAUCCAUAUAAAUUGAAGGAAUUCCUAGAUUUUUCCUUGAAUCUUCUACCUUCUUUCAUCCCAAACAAAAUACCCACAAUUUUUUCUUAAAGGUUUCAUCUUUUUAAAUACUUAAUUAUAUUUUAAGUGUUUGUAUGUGUAGGAGUUAUAAAAAUCAUUUCUUGGUGUUUUUAGGAUCAGGGAGGUGACAUAAAAAUGCAGACAAGGUACAUGGAAAGAUCAAAUAGUAUGAGUGGAAGGGAGAAAAGAGGUUUGGAUUCAAGCUCAAAUGUUGAUGAAGAUGGUCAACCUGAUCGAAAAAGACCAGCUUUAGCAAGUGUGAUUGUUGAAGCCCUUAAAGUGGAUAGCCUGCAAAGGCUCUGCUCAUCCUUGGAACCAAUUCUUCGGAGAGUUGUCAGUGAGGAAGUAGAACGUGCUUUAGCAAAGUUGGGCCCCGCAAGGCUUGUGGGAAAUGGAAGGACUUCUCCCAAGCGGAUAGAAGCACCCGAUGGAAGAAAUUUGCAGCUUCAGUUUAGAACUAAGCUUUCGUUACCCCUUUUUACUGGAGGAAAAGUUGAAGGCGAGCAAGGAGCUGCAAUCCACAUUGUCUUAAUUGAUGCAAAUACUGGGCAACUUGUCACAACAGGAUCUGAAUCAUCGGCAAAGCUAGAUAUUGUUGUGCUUGAAGGUGAUUUCAAUGAUGAAGAUGAUGCUAACUGGACCCAAGAAGAUUUCGACAGUCAUGUGGUGAAAGAGCGUGAAGGAAAAAGACCGCUUUUAACCGGAGAAGUGCAAGUGACACUGAAGGAAGGUGUUGGAACACUGGGUGAAUUGACUUUCACUGAUAAUUCAAGCUGGAUCAGAAGUAGACAGUUCAGAUUAGGCCUGAAGAUCGCUGCUGGUUAUUGCGACAACCUUCGUAUUCGUGAGGCAAAGACCGAAGCUUUCACUGUCAAGGAUCAUAGAGGGGAAUUGUACAAAAAGCACUACCCUCCUGCAUUGAACGAUGAAGUCUGGAGAUUAGAGAAGAUCGGUAAAGAUGGGGCAUUUCAUAAGAGACUCAACAAAGCGGGCAUUCUUACCGUCGAAGAUUUCUUGCGAUUUGUCGUCAGAGAUCCACAGAGGUUGCGAAAUAUACUCGGAAGUGGCAUGUCAAAUAAGAUGUGGGAUGCACUCGUGGAGCAUGCAAAGACAUGUGUACUUGGUGGAAAGCUUUAUAUCUACUAUCCUGAUGGUCCUGAAGGGGUUGGUGUGAUUUUUAACAGCAUCUACGAGUUUAGCGGCUUAACUGCUGGUGGCCAAUACUACUCGAGUGAAUCGCUUUCCGAUACUCAAAAGGUCUAUGCUGAUACGUUGAUAAAAAAAGCGUACGAGAAUUGGAUGCAUGUUGUGGAAUACGAUGGCAAGUCUCUAUUGAGCUUGAAACAAAACAGGAUUGUAGAUACUCCGAGGAUUGAAUCACCUGUUACUCCACAGAAUUCUAAUUUCUACGGUCAUCAAAUCGCUUUACCCAGUUUACCAGUUGCUCCUGUGGAACAGCCAUCUCUUGAUCCGGGUCUCAAAAUCAGAGGUUUACAUGAUGCAUUGGGUCCAAGAUACCCUGUACAGUCACAAACGAUGAAUGCCAACGGAUCUUCUCAUUUUAAUUGUACCUCAGUUUUGCCUCCGAAUCAGUUCAUGGGUGCCACAGGCCUAAGCCAGCCAUCUCGAAACAAUAAUGUAAUGAAUGUUGGAUCGACACAACCAUAUUUAUCCGGACUGCAGCCUGUUGGAACCUCCAAUUUUGCUGAUUACCGUGGAAGUGAAAACACGCUGUCAGAGGAAGAAAUCCGAUUGAGAAGUAAUCAAAUGCUUGAACACGAAGACAUGCAACAUUUGCUUCGCAUUUUCGGGAUGGGUGUGGGUCAUGACCAAAAUCCCGCUAGCGUUUCUGAAGAUGGAUACCCAUAUAAUGCUGCGUAUGCACCUUCAUCAGCAGUUAACUUUGAUUUUGACGAGGAUAAGACUCGUUCUUCCGGGAAAGCUGUUGUGGGGUGGCUCAAGCUUAAGGCGGCUCUUAGAUGGGGCAUCUUUAUUAGGAAGAAAGCCGCUGAAAGACGUGCGCAACUUGUUGAGUUGGACGAUACAUAAAUACAAAACCCUGAUCUUUAUGCACAAUUUGCUGCUCGUCUAAACCGACCAUGCUGAUCAAUAUGCUACAUCUGCCUGUGCCUGGUGCGCUUGAAGGCUAGGAUAUAUAGAUGAAUAUUAUAUCAGGAAUUUAGGAUGAUUGCGUUGUAAAUCAAACGAAUUUAAACCGAGUGGAGAUGCUAUAAGGAGAGGAUUUAGAUUUCAAUUUCCUCGAUCUCUCUCGGGAACUCUUAAUUGAGGUAUUUAUUUUAGGAGGCCUUAUCUAUUUUCAUUUUGCCCCUUGUGUAGUUUGUAUCAUUACGGGUUAGAUGUUCUAACGUAACUAUCCGUUGUAUUUUGUUGUUUUAAUGUAAUAACUGUCAGCAGUAGUUGACUCUAUUACUAGA